AAAUCCCACCUCUGUGGUCUAUAAAAGCGCCAUGAAUCUCCUGUUUUCUAUCUACCAGCUUCAUCCUCCAAUCCACCGAAUCACUAGCCAAUCUGAAAUACAAUGAUCGCCAAGUCUCUUGUUGCUGCUCUUCUGGCCGUCUCGCUGGCGAGCGCCUCCCCCAUCGCCCGGCGCGAUGCGGCCACGGUGCUGUCAGACCUGGAGACUGUUCUUUCCGACACCGAGGCGCUCGAGUCCUCGGUUUCGAGCUGGACUGGCUCCCUCUUGGCCGGCCUGGAGAUCUUGGUCGAGUACGAUGACCUGAAGAGCGCCCUCGAUACGGCCAUCACCGACGCCGCGGCCACCUCGACCUUGAGCGACGCAGACAGCAGCAGCAUCACCAGCGAGAUUGAGACUCUUGGCCCUGUCAUCAUCGCUACCCUGGAUGCCAUCACCGACAAGGAAUCUGACGCUGCCGAUGACGGAGUCGCGAGCGACCUGCUCUCCUCCAUCGAGACUCUCCAGACCAAGACCAGCACGCUGGCUGCGGACUUGGAGGCCAUUGCCACGACCACCGACGCUGAGACCAUCGCCUCGGUCCUGUCCUCGGUCGAUGCGGCCUUUUCCAGCGCCAUUGCGGCCUACUCUUAGCUGGCUACUGUGCCACAAUGCUUGGCAGAUGGUUUUUAGAUGGCCUUCACCGUGUAUAUAGUCCAAGUCC